CCGAGUUGACCACAACAUGGCUGCGGCGCCGGGGCUGCUCUUUUGGCUGCUCCUGCUCGGGCCGCCCUGGCGGCUGCCGGCUCAGCCAAACCCGAGCCCGGGCCGGCGCUUCUCGGAGCACAAGCUGUGCGCGGAUGAGGAGUGCAGCAUGUUAAUGUACCGGGGUGAGGCUCUAGACGAUUUCACAGGCCCAGACUGUCGAUUUGUGAAUUUUAAAAAAGGUGAUCCUGUAUAUGUCUACUAUAAACUGGCAGGGAAAUCGCCUGAAGUUUGGGCUGGAAGUGUUGGGCGUAUUUUUGGAUAUUUUCCAAAGGAUUUAAUCCAGGUAGUUCAUGAAUAUACUAAAGAAGAGUUACAACUUCCAACAGAUGAGACAGAUUUUGUUUGUUUUGAUGGCGGAAGAGAUGAUUUUGAUAAUUAUAACAUAGAAGAACUUUUAGGAUCUUGGGAAUUAUACGACUCUGCAACUGGAGGUUCUGAGAGAGCCACAGAACAAACUUCUGAGCAUAUGAAAAAGCCUCAUGAAGUAUCUGAGGAAAGUGACCCUGAACCUGAACCCAAAGAAGCCAACUUAGAGGAAGGUGAAAGUUUAUUCUCUGAAGACACCGAGGAUCUAGAAGAAAGAUUUGAGGUUGGGAAGAAUCACCCUCAUGCAAAUGGUCAAACAGACAAUGCUCAGGGAGAGCAAUCUUCAUUUGACCCUUUUGAGGAAAUGCUGCAAGAGAAACUAAAAGUGCCAGAAAGUGAAAACAACAAAACCAGCAAUGGUUCUCAGGUGUCAAGUGAACAGGAGAAGAUUGAUGCUUAUACACUUCUGAAAAAAGAAAUGACUCUGGACCUGAAAACCAAAUUUGGCUCAACUGCGGACGCAUUUGUAUCGGACGAUGAGUCAACCAGACUUGUUACUUCAUUAGAAGAUGAUUUCGAUGAGGAAUUGGAUGCUGAAUAUUACACAGUUGGGAAAGAGGAUGAGGACAGUAAAGAAAACUUUGAUGAGAUACCAUUACUCACCUUUACAGACGGAGAAGAUAUGAAAACUCCCGUGAAAUCUGAAGUUGAGAAAUAUUCAACAGAUAAACAGCAGAAGUCCAACGAAGAAAAUAUGAUUGAGGUAGCUCAGCCUCCUGGCAUCAAAGAUGAUGAUAAAAAUAUAAUAGCCACGUUGGGGGAUACUAUCUUCUCUAUUGUCACAGGAAGUGAAGAAAAAACAGGAACGAUGGAUUUAGAGAGUUCUAAUUCAGCGGAAGAAAAGGAAGAUGAUGUGUUAGUUCCGGAUAGCAAACGGGGGGAAGCACAAUCAGCAAUAGAUUCUGUUGACCCUGAAGAGGCAGAAGAUGGCCUUUUGAUUAUAGAAAUUCCUAAAACAAAUGAUGACGAAGACCCAGAAAUGGACACAGAACUUGACAUUAAAGAAAAAGGCAGGAAAGUUCAGGAAUCCAAAAGGGGCCUGGUACAAGAUGAGACAGAAUUAGAGGAUAAGAAGCAAGAAGAGACGACUGUGCCUGUUACUACUCAAAGCAGUAACCUCAACUCUUUGCUAGCUGCAGAGAAGGGUAAAGAAACAUUAAAAUCAGCCUUUGAUAACAAAGAAAAGGACCAAAAUGAAGCAGCUAUUCAUAUCUCAAAGGAAACACCCCACGAAGAAAGGCCUGGUGAACGUGUUUUGGAAGGUGGUGCAGACAGUGAACCUGUACCUAAAGCUGCAGGGAAUCAAAUGAAGAAAGACAAGCUUAGACAGGAAUCCGUGGCUAUUGGACCAGGCUUAGGAGACGACCAGCCCAAUGCAUCCCAAGACGCUGUGGAGGACGUGGAUGUUCAGGAAGGUGGACCAGAACCACACACUCGUUCAGUGGAGCAUCAGGAUGAGGAAUUUAAAGAGGAGCUAGUUCUUAGAACUCAAAACCAACCUAGAUUCUUCUCUCCAGAUGAAAUGGGUUUGCACACAGACCUGGAAGGAGAGGUUCCAGUUCAGGGACGAAAUCUUUCUUGGCAACAAGAAAGGGAUGUGGCGGCUGCAGUUACUAAGCGUAUGAAUGAGAAGAGAAGGCUCUCUGAGGGAGAAGUCAAAGAGGACACCUCAGAUAAAGAGUCUGUUCAUCACAAGGCAGUGCAGGGCACACAGGAAGUGGAAAACAGAGGCCAGACCAACAGCGCAGAAGUAUUGGGUCUCCAUACAGAAGAGUCUCAGGCGGAAGAUGAUGAUUCAGUCCCUGAAGAGCUGCUGGAGGAUGAAAACGCUGUAAGUGCAAAACAGUCUAAAGAAAAAGACACUGGGAUUCAGGACAGGAGGUUAGAGGUUAAUCUGCAAGCCCCUGAAAGAGCUAUUUUAGAGACCUCUAAUCCUGAUCCAGAAACUGGAGAAAACAAAGUAGAAACAGGUGUGAUUUUGGAGAUUGAAAGAAAAAAUGAAACUGUGGCCAAAGGGGCAGAUAUGCUAGAGGGGGGACCAGCUAGUAUAGAGGUGGAAAAGGAAGAAAGCCCUCUUGUAGAUAAGAAAACACAUAGACCAUCUGAAGUAAGUGACUUCCCUUACAUAAAAAAAAUUCGGACUCCAGAGUUAGGUGAACUGUUUCAGAAUAAAGAUUCUGAUGACCUUAAAGAAGACAACCCUGUGGAACAGCCAAAGACCUCAGGGUUUGCAGAGAAGCCUGAGGUAGAGGAACUUUCAAAAGAGGACCAUGAGGAUUUACAGAAAUUCAUGGGCCCAGAAAGCCAGUGGUCUGCUUCUGAAGAACUUGAAGAUGACCUGUUUCACUGGGCUCCACAUAAAACUAUGAAGCCAGAACACAGUGACAGUGAGAAGGACUUCCCUAUAAUAAGGAGCUUUUUUAAAGAACAGCAGUCUUUGCAACGGUUCCAGAAGUACUUUGAUGUCCAUGAACUGGAAGCCAUGUUCCAAGAAAUGUCAUUAAAGUUGAAGUCAGCCCAACAGGAGAGCCUGCCUUAUAAUGUGGAUAAAGUCCUAGAUAAGGUUUUCCGUGCUUCUGAGUCACACAUUCUGAGUGUCGCAGAAAAAAUGCUUGAUACCCGUGUGAAUGAAAAUAAAGAUCUGGGAACGAAGGAAAAUAACAUAUUUGAAGAGGCUGCAGUGCUGGAUGAUAUCCAAGACCUAAUCUAUUUUGUGAGGUACAAACACUCCGCAGCAGAGCCGACUGUACUGGCGGCAGUGACACGGCCUCCAGAGGAAGGCUGGGAUGGACCGAGGGAAGAGAUCCAGCCACCACAUGAGGAUAACUUCCCACCAGGAAGCACAGAAAAUUGGAAAAUGCAGGUUGCUGAAGAGCCCGGCCACUUGGAUCAACCCAUGACUAGUGACACAGCUGCCUCAGAAGUGUCACAGACGCCGAAUACUGAGAAAGAUUCAGACCCAGGGAUAAUUAUAACAGAAGGCACUCCUGUUGAUGUAAAAAAGCAACUAGAAACAAACGCUGAAGAGCCAGCCGGUGCUACACCUCUAGAAAAGGCACUUCUUUUCAUCUAUUCCUUCGUGUUUCGUGUAACUAAGACGCUAGUUGCUACAUUGCCUGAUGAUGUUCGGCCUGGGCCUGAUUUUUAUGGACUGCCAUGGAAACCUGUGCUCAUCACAGCCUUCUUGGGAAUUGUUUCAUUUGCCAUUUUCUUCUGGAGAACUGUCCUUGCCGUAAAGAGUAGAGUAUAUCAAGUUUCUGAACAAGAAAUUUCUGAGAAGUUGAAGAAUAUCAUGAAAGAAAACGCAGAACUUCUAGAAAAAUUGUCAAAUUAUGAACAGAAGAUCAAGGAAUCAAGGAAACAUGUUCAAGAAACGAAGAAACAAAAUAUGAUUCUCUCUGAUGAAGCAAUAAAAUUUAAGGAUAAAAUCAAGGAACUUGAAGAAAAUAACGAAGUCCUGGAUGAUAAAGCUAAAAGUCUGCGUGUUAUGUUAGAAUCUGAGAGAGAACAGAAUGUCAAGAAUCAGGACUUGAUAUUGGAAAACAAGAAAUCUAUAGAGAAGCUGAAGGAUGUUAUUUCAAUGAACGCUUCAGAAUUCUCAGAGGUUCAAAUUGCCCUUAAUGAAGCUAAACUCAGUGAAGAAAAGGUGAAGUCUGAAUGCCAUCGGGUUCAGGAAGAAAAUGCUAAGCUUACAAAGAAGAAGGAGCAGUUGCAGCAGGAAAUCAAAGACUGGAGUAAAUUACAUGCUGAGCUCAGUGAGCAAAUCAGAUCGUUCCAGAAGUCUCAGAAAGAUUUGGAAAUAGCUCUUACUCACAAGGAUGAUAAUAUUGAUGCUUUGACUAAUUGCAUUACACAGUUGAAUCGGUUAGAUUGUGAAUCUCAAUCUGAGGAUAAAAAUAAAGGAGGAAGUGGGUCAGACGAAUUAGCAAAUGGGGAAAUGGGAGGUGACCGGAGUGAGAAGAUGAAAAAUCAAAUUAGACAGAUGAUGGAUGUCUCUCGGACAAAAACUGCCAUAUCAGUAGUUGAAGAGGAUCUAAAACUUUUGCAGUUGAAGCUGAGAGCCUCAAUGUCCACUAAAUGUAACCUGGAAGACCAAAUAAAGAAGUUAGAAGAGGACCGGGAUUCACUACAGUCAACCAGAGCUGAACUGGAAGAUGAAUGCAAAACCCUGAAGCAGAAAGUGGAGAUUCUGAAUGAACUCUAUCAGCAGAAAGAGAUGGCUCUGCAAAAGAAGCUGAGUCAAGAAGAAUAUGAGCGGCAAGAAAAGGAGCAGCGGCUGUCAGCUGCAGAUGAAAAAGCACUUCUGGCUGCAGAGGAAGUAAAAACUUACAGGCGGAGAAUUGAAGAAAUGGAAGAUGAGUUACAAAAAACAGAGCGUUCAUUUAAAAACCAGAUUGCUACUCAUGAGAAGAAAGCUCAUGAUAACUGGCUCAAAGCUCGUGCGGCAGAAAGAGCUAUAGCUGAAGAGAAAAGGGAGGCUGCCAACUUAAGACACAAAUUACUGGAAAUGACCCAGAAGAUGGCAAUGCUACAAGAAGAACCUGUGAUUAUAAAACCAAUGCCAGGGAGACCUAACACACAGAACCCUCCACGGAGAGGUCCUCUAAGCCAGAAUGGCUCAUUUGGCCCAUCCCCGGUGAGUGGUGGCGAGUGCUCCCCGCCGCCCGGGGACCCGCCCGUGAGGCCCCUCUCCGCUACUCUCAGUCGCCGAGAAAUGCCCAGGAGCGAAUUCGGACCAGUGGAUGGGCCUCCACCUCGUCCUCGCUGGCCGUCUGAAGCGUCUGGUAAACCCUCUGCCCCUGAUACAGCAGCUGGCGCAGGUCCCGUGGUGAACAGCAGCCCAGGAAGCUCUUCCCCGAAGGUCGUGGAUGAGGGCAAACAAACUGUUCCCCAGGAGCCCGAAGGCCCCUCAGUUCCCGGCACUACGUCAUUGCCUGAGCAUCCAGUAGCAGUUAACAUGGCCGCCAAAGGGCCCCCUCCUUUCCCAGGAAUGCCCCUCACGAGCUCCCCUGUGGGAGGCCCUCUCCCACCACCCAUUCGGUAUGGACCGCCUCCUCAGCUCUGCGGGCCUUUUGGGCCUCGGCCGCUCCCUCUGCCAUUUGGUCCUGGUUUGCGUCCACCACUAGGCUUAAGAGAAUAUGCACCAGGCAUUCCACCUGGAAAGCGGGACCUGCCUCUUGAUCCUCGAGAGUUUUUACCAGGACACACACCUUUUAGACCUUUAGGCCCAAGAGAGUACUUUAUUUCUGGUACCCGCUUACCACCCCCACCCCAUGGCCCCCAGGAUUAUCCACCUUCGCCUGCUGCAAGAGACUUACUGCCUCCAGGCUCUAGAGAUGAGCCCCCGUCUGCCUCUCAGAGCAGUAGCCAGGACUCUUCACAGGCUUUAAAACAGAGCCCGUAACUCUGACCUCUAACACCUAACCCAAGAGGAAGUGGACUGUGCACUAUUGGUCACAGUAAAGAAUUCCACUGGCUUCAAAAUCCAAAAGUUAGUUUUAAAAAUGUUUGUUUUUACAACUGAGCUGCCUUGGCAGUGUGUAUUUUUGAGCCAAACAAUUCAAGAAUAUAAUCCCCCUCCAGUAAAGACCACUUUUUAAGCUAGCACCUCCUUACAACUUUGAAAUGUGCAAUAAAUACCUGUGUUGUAGUUCAUGUAGACUAUGUAAUUGCUAAAUGAUUUAGGACGUCAUGAGAAAUACAAACAUUUCCUGUGGAAAUGCUUUAAGAACGUGUAUUUCCAUUUAUUACCCUAUUUUCAACAUACACCAGUUGACGAAAGAGCAAUGGUGUUUAUAAGCUCGAUUUUUUUAUAAAUACCUGGUCGCAAAGACUGUUACGCAAAAAAUGUUUACUAAAGAUCACUGAACUUUAUGUCCACCCCUUGUUAAAGUCCUUUGUAGUAAUAGUUCAUAAAAAUUUGUUUGUUAAUA